GUGACUAAGCAAGGACUGCGUAAUCCCGACGCCAUGGCGAGCUCCCGGGAGCGGCAUCCCACGUGCCACUCAUUCGAUGAGUCGAUUCGGAAUGCAGAGGGGCAGGAGUGGCAGCGGCGCGCAAAGAGUGGCCUGAUGCUGGUGCACGCUGGUGCAGAGUCCAUGCAGGUUGGGAACAUUCGGCCAUUGCUGGCACCAACGCUGCCAAAGCGAUUGCAGCAGCCUGGGCAAGAGAAUGAACCAUUCAACCAAGAUGACUCCCAAACCCAUCGCACGCCUUCAACCAACAAGCGCACCUAUGACAUCACAGAACUGGUGAAGCAUUUCGAGGAUCUCAUGAGCGAUUUCAGACAAGAUCCGCAAGAGCACCAGUCCUUAUCGAAUGUGAUCGGACCAAAUCCUUGGAAUCUAGGCUUCAUCCAUACAGGGCCUCUGCAGAAGAAGGCCAUUUGGCUUCUGAAGGUCUUUUCCCGCAGCGUGUCGGUGAAAUUCCCGAGCGCCUACUCCCUGGAGGAGGCCAUGCGGGCGGCGGCGCACCGAGGGAAGCUCAGGAACGGGAAGCUCUGCUUGGAGGAUGCCGGCCAGUGGACGCAGAUCUGCCUGGUGCAUGCCGACUGGAUUCCCCCAGGUGUUUUCAGGCGACCUCGCGGGGCAUGGGAGAACUUUCGAAUCCAGGUCGCAGCCUUUUGCCGACACGAGAACUUGGAUGCGGACGUGAAGCUCAUCUUGGGCGAGCGCGGGAACAUCAAUGCCCGCGCCAUGUUCGACGUGGCGCUGACGUACACAAACAGGGAGGAGCUCACCUACGUCUCGUGCUCCGUGCAGCCCAUCCACUUCGCAGUGCAUGCGGGGAACCUCCACGGCGUCAAAGUGCUCCUGAAGCUCCGUGCGGCCGUGGAAUCCAGGGCCACUUUCGAUGCGGUGCCGGACUACACGCCUUUGCACCUGGCCACAGCUUUGUGGGCGCGGGCCGGAGAGGAUGCAGUGGCGCAGCACCAGGUGGUGAAGGUGCUCCUGGACCACUCGGGGGAUCCUCACUCUAUGGACUUGGGCUUGGCCUGCGCAGACGAUUUGAGGCCUUCCAGGCAUGGGGGCAGCGCCAGCAGCAAGCCCUUCCGCAAUGGCCUCAAAAGGGGGAUGGUGGUGACCCUGGAUAUGACCAAAGUGAAGGCGCCGGGAUUCCGCCUGCGGCCGGAUGCGCGGCAGUUUUUGGAGCAAGAGACGAAGGCGCAUAGAUCCGAGUUCGUGCUGCUGGCAGACGUGGAAGACGAGGAUGACCUCGUCCAUCUCCAGAUGCUCAGCCAGGAGAGCUACCUUGACGAGCCAAAGAGCUUCAGGAUCCAGCAGUCCUGCGUGAUGGUGCAGGGUUGGAAGUUCUUUGACUUGUGCUACUGCGAAGUCCUGGACCUUUUGCAGGGUGCCGUGACGCCGAAGACGGCGAUCGGGUCACCGGGACUGAGCCGCGCUCACACCAUCGGAGAGGAGAGCAUCGUCGAAGAUGACGAGAUCCAGGAGCUUAUUCAAGCUCGUCCGCAGCACCACCAUCAGGACUCGAUGAGGAGGAGGGCGGUGACUGUUGACAUGAUGGCGGGAGGCGAUGCCAUGCAGGAGCAGGAGGAUGACCCCAUGGACUGGGAGAUCUUGCCGGACAUCGCGAUCGAUGACGCAGUGCAUUUGAAGCUGCGCAACCCGCUGCGGCCUGGGAACUUCUACCGAAAGAGGAGUUUGGUCAUAUCCGGCUACCUUCUGCACUUUGUGCUGGACGAGCUAAUUCGGGAGAGUGACCGUGGUCCUCUGCAGAACGAUGGAGCCUUGAGGCACAUUGUCAAGCAGAAGGCGGAUAUUCAUGCACGGGCGGAAGUGAAGAGGAACACUGCCAGCGAUGUCUACUUUGUCACUGCCAUGCACAUGGCUGCUGUAAGCUACUCUCUGCCUGCAGUGAAGCUGUUGCUCGACCUCAAAGCAUCCAUCGAGUCAGCCGCCACCUUUGACAAGAUCCCGGCCUGGACCCCACUGGCGGAUGCGAUCAUCGCCACAGUGGACUGGUCUCAGCGGAGCGUCAAGAAGGCUCGGCUCGCAUGCACCAAGGACUGCGUGAUCCAGUACCUGCUAUCCGAGCGUGCCAACCCUGAUGGCUGUGGCGGGAGCGGGGGCUUGAGUUGCCUUCACCUUGCAGUUGGAAAGAACUGCGAGUCAGACAUCGUGUGUAUGCUGGUGGAGAACAAUGCUGACGUUACUUUGAAGACCAGCCAGUACGUGCGCGCAACACGCGCUCACGGUAACCGCGGCUGGGACCGGGGUUUGACGCCCCUGCAAAUCUGUGACUAUGCAGACCAGGUCUACUCCCAGAAGGCGCGCAGCGAGGUGAUGGCCUUGUUGGCGCCCUCCCUGCGGGGCGCCAGUUUUUUGCUGCAGGAUGUCACCAGCAUGGCCGCCUUUAGCGUCAAUGCUGCGGAUGAGCUGGUGAAGCGGGUCAUGGAAGAGGCCAAGAAGGACUCAGAGGGGAGCGCCGCAAGGGCGCUGAGGACGCUGCGCAUGCGAGCAAUCACUGGCAACAAAUCGCUGGGCCUCACCGCUGUGGACAGCAUCGCGGAGCUGAUCGAGAUUGCACCCUCCACUGCCAUCUCUCUGCUUGAUGGCUUGCUCUUGACGGAGCCGGACACAGAAGACCCUCAUGUCCACCCUUUACCCCAUCGAGCCAAUAUGAACUACAAGCACAGGGCGCAAGGCUUCGGAUGGUCGGCUACCGUUUUUGACCUGCCGAACCUGUCCGUGCAGACGACCUAUCAGCCAGACUCCAACAGGGACAGGCAAAACACGUAUCACGAUGAGCACCAGUGCUGCCAUGAUGGCAGCGAGACCAGCCAUCCGGAGUGGCCUUGCUGGCUGCGGCAGCAGAAGCUCUGGCACGGGAAGCUGGCCCCAAAGGCAUCAUGCACCAGGGCGAGCCUCAUGGGCCCGGCGGGCCUGCAGAGGGUGGUGGAUCAGAUGGGCGCGCAGACGGCGGUGAAGCUGCUGCACCAAGAAGGAGACCGUGAUGUCUGCAUCAAGGUGCUCCUCGUUGCGAAUGUCCUUGAUGUGCGCAUAAUGAUGGCACUCACCAGCGUCGGGUGGAGCGACAUUUUUGCAGAGAAGGUUGUCCAAGCCAUCCUCUCUGCGGGCUACGAGCAAUUCUGCUUCAAACCUAUUACUGGGGCGCUGUUGCAAGAGAUCCUCCUCUUUGCUGCCUUCUUGUCGUGGUCUUUUGGAAUUUGGUUUUGGCAGCCCAAGAAGACGGCAUGGACGGUCAUUUGUGCCAUUUUCAUAAACGAGUCCUUGACGAUGGCGUGGUGGUUGCGGAGUCACUUCUCUUAUGGCUGGACUUUGAAGCAGUUCUUUCUGCAUCCGAUGGCUGGUUUCAGACUGUUCCAGCUCUACCUGCUGUGGUGGCUACUGUGGAGGACCUUCUUCGGCUACGAUUUGGAUCACACCUGGCGGAGAGACGAAGAUAAUAGCGGCAAGCGGACUUUCGAGCGGAGUCUGCUUGGAGCAAAUCUGCUGCUGCAGUGCUUCCUCUUCAUUUUCCUCGCCAAGGGCGCAUCCCCACGCCUGGAGUUCGGCCGGCACUUGCUGGCGAUCCUGCACUCCUUCAUGCGGCUGGGGGUGAUUUUUACAGUCCUGAUCCUUGUCUUCGCAAGCUUCACCUCAGCCUACCUGGUAAUGGGCUCAAAGCUGCCCCUGCGUGCUCUCAUUGAGAAGGUCUACCGCGGCCUGUUUUUGGCGGAUGGCGAGGGCCUGGAUGUCAUGGAGGGUGGGCAGGGGGAAGGCGAGCUGGAACCGAACAACUUGGACACGUACCUCACGCUUUUCUCAACCUUCAUAGUGACCAUUUGCCUGCUGAACGUUUCCAUUGCAGUUUUCACCAUGGAGUACGAGGCAGCCAUCAAAGAGUCAUGGCUCCACUUUUGGCGGUGGCGGGCGCGCCUUUGCACCGAGGUGCUUCUCUGCCCGAGAUGGCCUUGGAAGUUCGAGUCCAACAGCGCCGUUUGCCAGGAGCGGCGGUACUUAGCGCAGCUCUUGGAGUGGGCGGUGCUGACGCUGAAGGGCGAUGUGCUUCCGGCCGUGUACAACAGCAGCUUCUUCAAGAGGACGUUGAACAUUUGCGGCUACCGUGUUUCUUGGGAGCCUCUGAACGAAGUCACGCAGCGCGAGCCGAUAGACGAGGAUGCCGAGUAUGUGAAGUAUGCGGGCUGGAUGACGGUGACACUGCUAUCUUUGCUUGGGACGCUGUUUCUGGUUCUGCCCUUCGUGCAUGCCUUCUUCAGCGGCUUGGUUCUGGGCCUCGCCCUCACCACGCUCAAGAGCCUCUGCGCCCGGGGGCCCUACGGACUGGCCACCGAAAGCGAGGAGAUAUCCGACUGCGAGGAUGAGCAGGAGGAAGCCUGCCAUGGCACAGACCGCCCACACUUCCUGUGGAUUUGCUACCGCUCAGACUACGACUCCAACGUGUUCAUGAACAAGGAGGUCCACAGGGAGCACUUGGAAUUGCUGGAGUCCCGAGUGAACAGCAUGUCGCAGACCGUGGAGAAGUGGGGGACGGAAGUCAACUCCCUCUCCGACACCAUGACGAAACUCACCGAGACAGUGCAGCGCUUGGAGGCGAAGCUGCCAGGCAUGGGCGUGGGUGGUAUUGCUGCAAUGCCCUCCGUGCCCUCCAUGGAUGGCCUGAUUCGCGCCUCUUCCGUGCCAUUCCCGGACGGUCGGAGGAACACCGUGGGCACCAUCAAUCCUCAACUCAACCUGCGACGUAUGGGCAGCGUGUCCAGCCAGCGAGAGCAGCGAGGCUGAAGGUGAGGUCAGUGAGCACUCGGCUGCGGGGUUGUGGCCGACAGACAAGGGCCAGCAGACAAGAGCAACCUUGCAGCGAUGUUUCUUUUUUUCUCCCCUUAAGAUUGAUACAAUUUCCUUGCUUGGCGUGAAUUGGCCACGUGUCAGGGGCUGGCAUGGCAAGUAUGCAUCCUCCAGGCCUAACACGGUUUCCUGACACAUGGUCAUGACUUACGGAAGAGUGGCACCUUCCACCUGGUUUGGCA